CCAAGUCAAUAUGCCGUCCCGUUUUUCCAAGAACCGCAAGAAACGCGGACACGUCAGCGCCGGCCACGGCCGUAUCGGCAAGCACCGCAAGCACCCGGGUGGUCGCGGUAACGCCGGUGGCCAGCACCACCACCGCAUCCUGAUGGACAAGUUCCACCCGGGUUACUUCGGUAAGGUCGGUAUGCGCCACUUCCACCUGCUGCGCAACCGCACGCACUGCCCCACGGUGAACGUGGAGCGCCUGUGGACGCUCGUCUCGGAGAAGACCAAGGAGCAGGCCGAGAAGGCCAAGGACGGCAAGGCCCCCGUCAUUGACGUGACCAAGGCCGGCUACUUCAAGGUGCUCGGCAAGGGCCGCCUCCCGGAGGUGCCCGUGAUCGUCAAGGCCAAGUACUUCUCGGCCGAGGCUGAGAAGAAGAUCAAGGCCGCCGGCGGCGCCUGCCUUCUGACUGCUUAAGUUGCCAAUUUUUUUUAAUUGGUAGCUGGAUAUUGCGGUGGUGCGAAGCAUAAUGGGAAAUACACGUGGAGACAUGACUGUCCUCUCAUUAAACGCGACGGCACCUU